CAAUAAAGAGAAUCCUGAUGACUAUGGUUGGCGCCCUUUACCUACCGUCCAUCUCUACAGCCACCUCGAUAUGGUUAGGGCUUUCCUCGACAUGGUAGCGACUGCCCAUGCCGCAACGCAGAAGUUAAACAACGAUCCACGCAAGCCCACAGGCCUAGACAGUGGUAGCCCAUGGGCUGGCCAACCGCUUUAUCCUGCUGCAAUGGGCGUUUCUCCUGACAUUUGCUGAUUGCUGAUCGAUCACGGGGCCGGCAUAACUUAGUGUUCGGUGCGAAAUGAA